AUGGGCGGUUUUCACGGAGCUGAUGAGCGGAAAUGGAUCGAACGCGAGAUCAACUCCGUCAACGACAAUCCGUUAAUCGACGUCUCAAGAAACAAAGCGAUCCACAGCGGAAACUUCCAGGGAACACGGAUCGGAGUCUCGAUGGACAACACUCGUCUAGCAAUCGAGUCCAUCGGAAAACUCAUGUUCGCUCAAUUCUCCGAGCUAGUGAACGGUUUCUACCACAACGGCCUACCGUCAAACCUAACGGCGUAUCUGAGUUUGGAUUACGGAUUCAAAGAAGCAGAGAUCGCGAUGGCUAUUCCGGUGACGAGCCAUGUUUAA